AACGCGAAAUCAGCUUGAAACCUACAAUGAUCCUUGCGGUCCAACUCUCUUUACAUUUAAGCGAUGUUUUCAUAGUUAAAGACAAGGUUUGAAGUUUAUAUGUUGAUACCAAAGUUCUGUCUUAAAUCUAGAGAUGCUUGAUAUCCACCACCGAUAAAUUUACUUUUGUAAAAGUAGUCGAGAGUUUGAAUCUUUAAACUGUAAUUUUUUGUAAACACUUCUCGAGAAACAUCUUUUUUCAGCAUGUUUUAUAGUGCGGUUAAAAAGGUCCAGAAAUCAAGAUCGAAGAGAACUAAAAAUUUGGAGCUUCCUGCGAUGAAAGCAUCAAAACUAAAUGGAAUACCUCAAGGUUCAGUGCAUGGGUAUAGCUCCACAAGUGGAACUAUAAGUCCCUCGCUCAUCGAAGACAUAGAUAAAGCUCUAGAGGAGCUCUCCAUGUUUGGAGACAACUUUGAGGAAGAGAUUGCUAUCGAAAAACACGAGUGUUUAAAGACCGAAGAAGAACAGGAACUAGAAAGAAGAAUAAAGGAGAAACUGACCAAAGUAGAUGAGCAUGAAAUUCAUAAGAUACUUCAAGAAAAGUUAGCUGCUGAUAUCCGAAAGAUCUAUGAAGAGGCGACACAGAAGCAAAGAGAUAUUAAGAAAAGGUUUCGUGAGCAAAUCAAAAGUACCCGCACCAUUCUCCUUGAUGCGCGCGUCUCUGCCGAAAGAGAGUCCAUUAACAGACUGCAGAAGCGAGCAACAGAAGAGCAGUCAAGGAUAUUACACAGGCGCAAACAGAGGAACAAAGCCGACGCGUUCAGUGUAACAAGCAUUGAACCAAACCUUAAAGAUGAUACCGAAAAGAUGCCAAUAGAGCAGGCAGAAAUGCUUGCAACCCUCAGAAAAAUCCAGUCGAACUUGGACCGUGUUCUAGCCCGAAGGAAACGCAACAUUGCAGCCGCCAAGGGUGACAUCGGUGCAAAGGCUGUGAAUCACGAGGUAAAGAAACUCGAACAGGCUCAGGAAAUACAUAAUAUUAUCGUAGAGCUACAUCAACUGGGGCUGGAGAGCCACGCUAAGGCACUAAUGCGCUCACUGGCAAGCAAAGAAGAGGCAGAGAAUGCACUGAGGGAAAACUUGAGGAAAGAGGAAGAACUGGCAAAAGAUAUCGCUAGAGAAAAGUGGGAGUCAGAAAAAAGAAAAUUAAGAAUUGAGCGCCUGGAAGAGAAGGAAAGGGAAGAGGAAAUGCGUUUAAAGGAGGAGAAGUUGGAGAAGGAACGUCUUGAGAGAGAAAAACAUGCGCGAUUGAUCAGAGAUUUGCACAAGAAAGCGUAUAACCAUAGAAUGCAGACUGAAUUUGCGGCAUCUCUGCUGGCCUCCCAGAUCUCGCCUUCCUGGAAAUUCUCAUACUUCCCGCCUAUUGUGCAGAACGAAACUGAAAAGGAGAAGAAGGAGGAGUCUAGACAUGAUCAUGGCGAAGGGAGAAAAUGUCUGACCAGACCUGCCAAGACCAGAUAAAUACCGUUCCAGUGUCGACAAUACUGGCUACUGUACAUAGCUACUCUAACAUUGAGUAUCCAUAAUUUGAUAUAACCAUCGGAAUACAAAAAGGGGCACUGUAAUAUUUUCAUAAUGAUAGCGAUGUCGAUGAUGAUGAAAGUGAUGACGAUGAUAAUUGUGAUGACAGUUAUGACAAUGAUGACAGUGAUGACGAUAAUGACAAUGAUGACGAUGUCGACGAUGUCGAC